AUUUUGGUGCCAGGAAGGAUAUCAGUGGUGUACCGGAAGUUAAACUCAGUGGUAUUGACCGCACUGCUUUUUUGCACGCGUUAAUUCUAGUCGUUUAUUAAAUAGGAGGUAGUUCUCUUGUUGUUAUAAACAAGUCCAGGUAUUAUAAUUGUUCAGGAUUGCUGUAACAUCUAAUAACAAAACAGUACACGCUCAUAAGGAUCAUUAAUAGGAGCUCUGCGUUCUUCAACUGCCUGCUCGUCUUUCAAGCUGGGGGAAAUUCAGUUAGAAGAAUUUAUACCAGUUUUACAGCCCCCAACGUGAAGGACUACCAAAGCCAGUUUCAGUUAUGUCGCAGGCCACCAAACGCAAGCACGUGGUGAAGGAGGUGUUGGGUGAUUUUGUCACCCCCACUGAAAGUCAGCAGAUUGUUCGGGUUGUAGGGAGUCCUGGGAAUAACCUUCACGAAGCAGUAACUGCAAAUGGUGAACGCUUCUUGGUCAGCAUGCCCACCAAAUUCCGUAAGAAUAUCUGGAUCAAAAGAGGUGAUUUUGUCAUUGUUGAUCCCAUUGAAGAAGGAGAAAAGGUGAAGGGAGAGAUCACCUCCAUUCUCUACAAGGACCACAUCCGACACCUGCAGACAAUCGGAGUCUGGCCAGAGGGUUUCUGUGAGGACUCCACCCUGGAGGAAAGAAGAUUGGCCCAGCAGCAGGAAGAGAGAGAAGAGGAAGAGAAUGAAGAGAAUGAAGAGAAUGGAGGGAUGACUGAUUCAGAAGAGGAUGACAGCGACCUUUUUGUCAACACAAACCGCAUCAACUACCACUACAGUGAGAGUGAGGAAGAAACUGAUGAAGAUGAAGAGGAGGAUGAGGAAGAAAGCAGGCAGAACAUUACGGGUGGAAAAGACUAAUAGCUGAGCCUCUUUCCCUGAAGAUGUUAAUACAUCCAUAUACUGUUUCAUAAAUCUGGUCAUUUAUUCAGGAAAUUGCAUGAACUGUAGAAUGCUGCUCGAUCGUGAUCUUACAAAAACCUUAAACAUAAUGCCUUUGUGUACUUGAAAUAACAAAGAAUUUUUUCUUUGAACUUUACAUUUAGUUGCAUGGAAAAGGAACCAGAUACAUUGUUAUCAUCUACAACUUCUAUGAAUGAGUGUACAAGUAUAUUCCUGUAUAUAUGAUGUAAAAUGUUUUAUUUUUCAUUUUGUCUGUAACAGACAGUGCAGAUGGUUUGAUUAAUAAAUUAUAUAAUGAGCUUGUAUGAAUUA